CCCGAGAGGAGAGCGGCGGCACCGUCUCAGCGGCUCGCACUGUAACAUCACUGUAUGGGGAUACCGCACUGACAGCCAACGCUGCUUCACCGCUUUAGGAAAAAAAAAAAUAUAUACAGGCAUUUUUAUUUAUAGUUUGUUAGUAUUUGACUGGUCACAAUGACAGCACUGCCUCUGCUUUUGAUGGCCGUGUCGGCUGCAUCUGUGCUGGCCGAGUCCACUGUUUAUUUCCGCGAGCAAUUUGAAGACGGGGAUGCCUGGAACAGUCGCUGGGUGGAAUCCAAGCACAAGUCAGAUUAUGGCAAGUUUGUCCUGACUGCAGGGAAGUUCUAUGGAGAUGCAGAGAAAGAUAAAGGUCUGCAGACAAGCCAGGAUGCCCGCUUUUAUGCACUGUCAGCGCGUUUUGAUGACUUCAGCAACAAGGGCCAACCUUUAGUCAUCCAGUUCACUGUGAAACACGAGCAGAGCAUUGACUGUGGGGGAGGCUACAUUAAACUGUUCCCCUCUGAGCUCAACCAGGAGGACAUGCACGGAGACUCUGUCUACAACAUUAUGUUUGGUCCUGAUAUUUGCGGCCCUGGCACGAAGAAAGUUCAUGUGAUCUUCAACUACAAAGGCAAGAACCAUCUGAUCAACAAGGACAUCAGAUGCAAGGAUGAUGAGUACAGCCACUUGUACACACUGAUUGUCAACCCUGACAACACUUAUGAGGUUAAGAUUGACAAUAAGAAGGUUGAAUCUGGCAAUCUGGAGGAUGACUGGGACUUCCUGCCUCCCAAAAAAAUCAAAGACCCUGAGGCCAAAAAACCAGAGGACUGGGAUGACAGGGAGAAGAUUCCCGAUCCUGACGAUAAGAAACCUGAGGACUGGGACAAGCCAGAGAACAUCCCAGAUCCUGAUGCCAAGAAGCCCGAUGACUGGGAUGAUGAGAUGGAUGGAGAGUGGGAGCCGCCUAUGGUCACCAACCCUGAAUACAAGGGAGAGUGGAAGCCCAGAGAGAUCGACAACCCUGCCUACAAGGGCAAGUGGAUUCACCCUGAGAUGGACAACCCCGAGUACACAGCCGAUUCUGAGAUCUAUAAAUACGACAGCAUCGGUGUGAUUGGGCUCGACUUGUGGCAGGUCAAGUCUGGUACUAUCUUUGACAACUUUCUUAUCACAAAUGAUCCAAACUUGGCAGAGGAAGUUGGCAACGAGACAUGGGGCAAAACUAAGGAUGCUGAGAAGAAGAUGAAGGAAAGCCAAGAGGAAGAUGAGAGAAAGAAGCGCGAGGAGGAGAACAAGAAGAGGAGAGAUGAGGCAAAGGAGGACGACGAGGAGGAAGAGGAGAAAGAAGAGGAUGAGGAAGAUGAAGAAGAGGAGGAAGGGGAAGAGCACGAGGAGGAAGAGGAGGAGGAAGAGGAGGAUGAAGGCACAGACUCUAACCUCAAGGAUGAGUUAUAAACUCAGGAACUGCUCAGACUGUGUCAGUGGGCCAUUAAAACAAGGCUGGAGAUUGAGACCCUCACGACUGACACCCCGGGGUGGGGCUGGGUGGGAAGGGCUUUUUCAUUUCUUUGUUUACAGAGCAAGGUGAUCGGUCAAAAAGGGCAAUUAAUGUUCUGUCUCCUGUUUCCAUGUGCUACUACUACUAUUAUAAUAAUUAUGAUUACUAAAUGAGGAAUAGUGACAAACAUGAUUAAUGUCAAAACGAAUGUCAAAACCAGAAAUUUUAUCAGAAAUCUGUACAUUGUCAUUUGCAUUUUACAGGAAAAAAAAAAAUCCUGGUUUUUAUGAAGUGUAAUGUCAUGGUGACAUGAAAUGUUUUAUUUGGUAGGCUGGUGGUACCAUGAAAAUGUUUGGUUUACCUCGUGUUUUUUUUUUUGUUUUUGUUUUUGUUUGACUUUUUGUUUUUGUACAUAUUUUUUUUUCCCACUCAUUCAUGUCGGGCUGGAAGGAUCAGAUAGGAUUAGAUGUUGUCAUGCAGGUUAUUUUGCCUGCUUCUGUUUCCACUAUCUGACUCAAAUGAGGAUUAAUGACAUGGCAAACAGCGUGCAGUAGGACUAACACUAUAUAUUUGACAACCUGAUCAGAAAAAAAACAAAAAAAAAGGACCGUCUGCAGUGGGAUGGUAACAUGAGGUGCUUUAAGAUGAAGUCCCUUGCAUAGUUUUGUACUGUAUAGUAAACACUUUUUCACUUCAAUGCACAUACUAUAGUCUUGUGUGUCUAAAUAAGCUCUACUCAAACUUAGGAUGUACAUUAAGAACACUCAGUAGCAGAAAAAUUUCCAGUCGUUUGGUACACACACUUUAGGUUUACUCAUUGUUGGUGUAUACAUCUAGUUUUCUCAUUUCUGAUUCCAAGUUUUCCGCACUGCUGUACCCCAACAUACUGUCCCAACAGUCUGACAGAUGCUCCUUUUGUAAAAGACAUUUUGUACUAAUGGUAGUAAAUGAAGUGGGGCGAUUUUUGUGUUGCUGUGUAAGAAAAAUUAAAAACAAAGACAGAAGAUCUGUCCAAUAAAACAGCUGGAAGAAAAGAAAA